CGACUGUGAAAGCGAAGGUGUGCUUCAGGCUACAGUUACGAGAGUAGCUUCAUAAAUCAAACGGCACCUCGUAUGCUGUGUAUUGUUGUCUGUACUCAGAGUUGUUCCUUUAACGCCAUUAUUUCCCGUUUUGUCACUGCCGCCAUAGCCUUCCUUGAAACAUGAAAAUAAAGUUUUAUUUAAAAACAAAAAAAGGAACAGUCUCUAUGACGUAUUUUUAAGGCGACAGAAGGAGGGCGGUUUGAAACCAGAGAGGGAAAAUAUUUUUAACACGUUUAAAAUACGCCAAAUUUACUCAUAAGAUAAAACAUCUGCGUGUUGCCAUUUAAAACAGUACAUCUGCAGGCUAGCCGUGCAUAGGCUCUGAUGUAUUUUUACUUUUCAAACGACUUAGCUAGCGUUACAUUAACUCGGUACGCCCGGUUGCUGGCUAACUAGCUAGUCACCGCCGAUGUGAUGUGCGGCUGCCGACUAUCGUUAAAAUUCCUCUCUGUUAAAUGUUGACCGAGCGCACGUCAGAAUCGAUGUGAACGCUUUGAAGAUGGCGAGUGUGCACGAAAGUUUGUAUUUUAAUCCCAUGAUGACGAACGGAGUCGUCCAUGCUAACGUGUUUGGCAUUAAAGACUGGGUGACUCCGUAUAAAAUCUCUGUGUUAGCGUUGCUGUAUGAAAUGACUGCCUCCAAGAUAACACUGCCAGAGAGAAGGCGACUUAACAAGCUCAUCCUCCCCCUACAGCAGGGUCCAGACCUGACUCUCGGCCAGUUCCUGAAGACUGUGGAGGAGUGUUGUCCACAGACUGCAUAUGCUGUCAAAUUGAGGCUCCAUGAAAUGGCAGAUGGAGAGCUGAAAGACAUGGAGUACUUCUUUUCUACUCUUCCCACUCCAUUCACAGCUUUUGAUACCGAAGCUUACAAAACUAGUGUAGUAGGUCUUUUUAUGCGACACAUGCUUCUGGCCUACAACAAGCUUUCUUUCAGUCAGGUUUACAAGCUGUACAAAUCCCUGCAGCACUACUACCACAGUCACUAUGCCAAGCCUAUGGACGGCCAGGUGCCGGCCUUGGUCGCAGACGACUCAGAGAUGGACCUGACCAGCAUUGAGGAUACUGUAGGUGACAGAGUGGACAAGGAGGAGCUGGACACCCCACUGCACGAGUCAGAGCUUCGAAGUGACAAUACUCCAAGCAGAGGUCCCCUCUCACAAAAACAAGCAGAGUACUUUCUUGCCAGACAGGCAUACCUACUCAAGAAUGAUGAGAAUAAAGCUCUAAAGCCCGCUGCUCUGCAGGAAGAGCUCAACAACAUGCUGAAGUUUAAUCCUGACUUUGCUGAGGCGCAUUAUCUGAACUACUUGAACAGCAUGAGAGUCCAGGACAUCUUCCUGUCGGCCCACAGUCUCUUACAUUAUUUUGAUCGCCUCAUCUUGUCUGGAAAUGACGGAAAGAGCAAUGGGGACGAGGGCUACGGUCGAAGUCUCCGCUACGCUGCUCUUAACUUGGCAAGCUUGCACUGUCGCUUCGGCCAUUAUCAACAGGCUGAUCUGGCUCUACAGGAGGCUAUCCGGAUUGCCCAGGAGUCCAAUGAUCAUGUGUGCUUGCAGCACUGUCUGAGUUGGCUCUACACACUGGAACAGAUGAAGGGUUCUGACAGCACUGUGCUAACCGAGGAUUCAGUAAAAAUGGCUGCCCAUUUCUGCCUGCCAUAUUUGGCAUCUCUGGGCAUUCAGUCAUUGGUCCAGCAGGGGGCGACACAGGGUAAAACGGCACACAAGCUGAUGGAUGCCCUGAAGGACACAGACAUUCUUCACUGGAAGCACAGUCUGUCGGAGCUGAUCGAGAUCAGCCUGGCUCAGACUACGUCCAUAUGGAGGAUGUAUGGAAAGAGCACGAUGUCUCUGCAGCAGGCCCAGCUGCUUCUCAACAUGAGCAGUCUUGAGCCAGUUAACUUCGGGGUCCAGCAGAACAACACAGAGGCCUUCGCUGUGGUCCUCUGUCACCUGGCCGAGCUACACGCUGAGCAGGGCCUGUACGGUGCCGUUUCAGAGAUUAUUCAGCAUCUGAAAGAACAGUUUCCUCCUCACACACAGCAUGCCAAGCUCUGGAUGCUGUGUGAUCUGAAAAUCCAGUUUGAGAGACAUAUGAACGAAGGGAAAUAUCACUUGGCAGAGCCUCUAGUCACAGCUAUCACUGCGUUAAAUCAGCUAGAGGGUCUUUACAGGAAAGCUCAAGUUCUGAAGGCUGUCAACCGCAGCACUGAAGCAUACCACAUCUUACAGCAGCUGCAGGCUCGCUGUGAGAAGACUAAGUGUACAGAGAUGGUUAUCAGAGUGAUGCUGUCCACUGCUGAGCUCCACUGGGAGUCAUCUGGCUUCUCCACAGCUCUUCCUGUUCUCCUGCAGGCCUUGGCUCUAGCUAGACAGCACCACCUCCAGUCACUGGCCUCGGAAACCAUCCUUCACCUGGCCUUCACUCAGCUGAUGUUGGGGGUUCCUGAGCAGGCUCUGAAUGUGCUGCAUGAAGCCGUCGAGCCUAUUCUGGCCCACAGAGCAGUCAUGGACAAAGGUUGUGCCAUGCUGCUGGCAGCCCGCUGUCAGAUGGCGGUGGCUGGGUUCAAGCCAAACAGACAAGGGCAAGCAGCAGAUUUGCGUUUAGCAGCUUCGGCUCUCGACACGCUAAACGAGGCCGCCGCCUAUUUCUCCCAGCUGAACUGUAAGGAGCGGCUGCGGGACGUGCACUAUCUGCAGGCUCAACUCCACCGCUCUCUGGGACAAAUCUUGGAGAGCAACAAAAGUGCCAUGCUCUUCCGGCUGUUGGACCAGGAGCUGCAAUCGCCAGCACCGCCGGUCUCCAUGCGGCUCUAAACUGCUCCCACUGCCCCAUCAACAAAAACUGAACUGAAUCACUGCAACUCACCACUAGAUGGUGCUGAGUCUCUGUCCUGUGUUCUCCUAGACUAAAACAUUUCAUUUGUGGCUGUGUUGAAAGAGAGGUGUUUGUGAAACCUUUUGCACGAAGUACCAGGAUGAUAACUAAAAAUGUCACAUGACAGCAGCCAUGAAUUAAAAUGAGUUUCCAGUACAAGAAGAAUGUAUCCAUUGUUUCUUUACUUACAGAUGCGAAUUUGAUGGUCCUAAAUAUAACAUGUGCUUUAAUGCCUUCCACCAUAGCAAGUUAGUCUGACAGAAAUACAUGUCACGCACCUGUGUAGGUUUAAAAAAAAAAGAAAGAAGAAAAGUCAAAAGUUUAGAUCAAAAGCCGACUCGUGGCGUCCUGAUGCACCCGCUGCGUUUUGAUAAAUGAGGGUAAUAUCAGAGUUGGCGAGGAGAUUAAUGCAUUCACUAGUGUGGAUGAUCCCGAUUUUGCAGGAGGAAUGCUGAUGAAGCCAAAGGCCAUAUUAGGAAAUCAUAUCAACACAGAUACUGUGUAUAUAAAUGCCACAUUUUUCUGAAUUGUUUGCAGCAGUUAUGUUGAUUUAAUGUGUUCUGCCUGAUGCGUAAUACAUUCAUUAUGUCGUGUGCUUCCUUAAGGAAAAUAAUUGGCUUCAUCUUGUUUAAUUUACAUUUGGUCUGGCAAAGGUAGUCACAGGAAACACCUGCAGGAGGAAUAUCUGUGGUGUAGUUUGGGUACAGUUAUGCAUGUCUUUAUCUUUUAGUGUUUGAUUUGUUUUCUUUGCAGAAGUCACAGAAACUGUGUGCACACGCUAAAGUUCUCAGUCGUUGUGCUCGAACCCCAAAAAUUCCUGUUGAAUGAGUUUAAGUGGCGUGUUUGUCUUCCUGUACUUCAGUUGAUAAACAUUUCUAGCAAAGGCAGCCUUGUUGUCUAUACAAAUACCACAGUGCUGUGGUUAUUGACACAGAGCCAUAAAAUACGUGUAUUUACAUGUUUAGCAUAAUUGCAAGUGUCACCGAGCAGACUUCAUGGACCAGUUCCUCAAUUUAAAAAGUGACAGUUUGUGUUAUCAUAGAGAUUUGUAGCAUGUGGCUUUCAGUGCAUGCUUUUUUACCAGGUCAGAGCAGAGCAGUCUCCAAGAAUAAAGGUAAAUUUCACAAAAGUAAAACUAAUAAACCUUUAAAAAAAAAACUUGUUUAUAAGAAAAUGAUGCCAUUUCUCCUUUUGAGUUAUUUUCAGUCCUUUGCCUUAAAAGCCACACAGGAAAAAAAUAAGUAUCUAACUGAUCCACUAAGCCUUAAAUCUUUGUUCAUUGUGUGUGUUCUACUACUCUAUGUAUCCAUUCAUAGUUUGUAUAGUUGCUAUAUAUAAAGUGGUAAUAGAAGCAGUCCCUGCACCCCUCCCCCCACUCUGUAUAAGGCUAAUAAGUUGGCAGGUUUUGCUUCUUACUGAUCUAGUGGAAAUAAUCUAACUGAAUGUUGCUUUUGAGCCCUGUCAAGUCCCUGAGUGCUUUCCAUCUUGUGAAUGCCUGUCUAAGGUUCAUACUUGUCUUACUUGCAAUUUCCGUGACUCUCUUGCUUUGACGACUUUGCCUCCCCCAGAAGGGCAUUAAAGAAGGCAGAUACAGGUUGCAGGGUUACUCCAGGUCCAGCAUCCAUUAUGGAAAGCUAUCUUGAAAACAAAAAUGCUUCUUUUUUUUCUGUUUUCAAGAUUGCACCAUUACCUUGGGAAAUGUUAUUCCCAGUGGGAGACAAAAUUUUAUUGCUAAAGUCAGGACAAAAGGGAGUCAGUCUGAAGGCUGAUGUUGUCAUUAGUCUACAGCCAUAAUGCAAUUGACAUGUAAUGUCUUAGCACAACCAUCCCAUCUGUUUUUAGUUGGUUUCUAGCAAGUCAAAGAAGG